AUUACCGUCUCUUCUUGUCCACAUAACUCAUACCAACCAGCCCCACACACCAUCUCCAUCUCUAUCUCUAUCUCCAUCUCUCUCUCUCUCUCUCUCUCUCUCUCUCUCUCUCUCUCUCAUACACAAGAGAGACACCAUUGAUGGAGAAGAUAUGGCAGAACCUGAAGACCCUGCAUUCAACAGCCGAACACCUUCAUCGCCAACCACCACCAACACAGAUUCAAAGCAUCCCAUCUUCCCCUGCAACCAUCAAACUGUCACGUAGACAACUCGCAACCUGCACGAAAUCGUCUGUGUUACUGCUCCUCACUUCCCAGUUUCAAGACCACUUCCAUCUGCCCAAUGCAAGAGCCCAAGAACAGAACCUACUUACACCCGAGAAUCCUCAAAACCUCGAAAACGACAUUCCAACUGAGAAUAACACGACCGCAAGUCCUGCAGAGGAGAAUGCGAUCGACACUAGUGACACCACCACUCCAACCGAAGAGGACACUAGCGACACCACCACCACACCAACCGAAGAGAACCCGGUGGAGACUAGCAGCUCCACCAGUCCCACCGAAGAAAGCCCAGCUGAGAAUACUGAAACCACGGGUCCCACCGAAGAGAGCCCGCCUGACACUAAUGCCACCACCAAUCCCAUUGAAGAGAAUCCAGCAGAAACUAGUGCCACUGCCAGCACUAACACUGAAGAGAAUCAAGCUGACAGCAGUUCUGACACCACCACCACCACCACCACAACUGAAGUAGACAGUUGCACGGACAAAGUUCUUACGAAGCGGGCUUUUCUAGACAUCGCGAUUGACGGGAAGCCCAUGGGACGAAUUGUCGUCGGGCUGUAUGGAAACAAUGCACCCAAUGGAACUACUAAGUUCAGCGAUUUCGUAAGUGGAGCAGCAGGUAUCAGUUACCGAAGGAAAGAAUUCGUAAAGAUCACACCAAAUUACAUACAACAUGGCGGGGUUAGAUCAUACGGAGUUGAUGCUGAACUUGCAGCUCAAACCGGAAGGAACUUUGCAGUCGAAAAUCUCGUUGCUGAAUUGGAGCGCGAAAAUGGAAGAUGUCCCGGGACUAAGAAUGUUGCAGGGAGUGUAGGUAUUAUUGUGCGAGACCCGUUUAAACCGCCACCUAAGCAAAAGCUGGUGGCCCGAAAUGGUAAGUUGGUGAUUGAUGAAGAGGAAAUUGGGAAAGAACCAAACGGGACGGAGUUCGUUAUCUCAACAAAAGAUUCACCAGAGUUGGAUGCAUCAACAUUGGUUAUUGGGAAAGUGUUAGAAGGUAUGGAGGUUGUAGAGAAAAUCGGUCAGGUCAAAACCGUGCAAGAAAACACCAGUUCUCCUUAUUUCAGGGUGGCGAAGUUGAUCGGGGAUAAAAGGGCAGUGGUUGCAGAGAGGGGGUUCAACCGACCCUAUUCGAAAGUAAUUGUAACCAAUUGUGGGAUAAUGAUGUAAUUUGAGAUAUGUUCAUGAGAGUUGUAAAUCAACGCGAAUCUUUCUAUGUUUGAUUAUGUAAAAGCCCAAAAGAUUUUGUGUCCA